AUGAGAUCACCCCCUUAUUUAGGAGAGUUUGGUAUCUCCCGUUUCCUGGACACCCAAGAGACAACACAAUAAGCUGUUUCAGCUGGCAUAAUUAGCACUGAGUCUCCACUCCCACUCCUCCUGCACAUUGGUCUCUGGAGACCCCAAGACCCCAGAGUGACCUGGGUGUCACAGAGAUGUGGUGGGAGCACCACGCCUUCUGGGAAUAGCAUGCAGUUCACCGCAGACGAGGGAGGUACCAUGGAGAAACCAGAGGGCAGCUCUGUGUCACAAGGUGAUGAGUAUGGGUCUCAAGUCAGCAAGCCUGCCCACCUUCCCAAACUCAGCGGCCAUGCAAUGAAAUUCAACGGACUUAAUGAACAUCGCCACGCAGCCCAUGACAGUGCAAGUCAAGACAGUCUCAGCCAACCUUCUAUCCACUCUACAGAGCCCUCUUGUUCUGACCAGGACCUUCACCUGAAGUCCAGGCUUCCCUUGUCAUCUUCCUCUCAAUGCGCUGAUGCUCCACUACCUGAAAUUAAAUCAGCAACUGAAACUCAUCAGUUUAUUACACCUCCUGAAAACAAGAGGGACCCAGACUUAGAAUGGACUUUUUAUCCAAGAUCUGGUCUUCACACAUAUCAUAUUGGGAAGCGAUGCAUCUUCAAUGGUCUCUUCCUCCGAAACAAAACCUCUGCAUCAGAAAGGAUGUUAGAAAUGUGUCUGGGAAGAAAAAAACAUGAAAUCGAUCACAGAAAUGGCAUUACAAUGGUAACCCCCUGUGACAACAACUACAGCUGUCCAGAACACAGCAGAAACUUUCACAAGUUUGGAUCAACAAGGCCCGUGGUGAACUUUGGGUGUGCAACAUACAAAAGGAAAGCAGAUACAUUUAUCCCUCUCCAGUGCUUGUCACGGACUCCUUGCAUACCUUUCCAAGUGAAAGAGAAACAGCAGGAAUUGGAUAACGAAAGGAACGAUGUGAAAAAUCUAGACAGAUGGAAGCCAGCUCCAACAGUGCUUCAGGCCUUGGGUGCUACUGUACUGGCACACAGAAUCAGACAGCGUGAAUCAUAGCGGAAAGUUCUUCCUAAAGAACCAUUUUUUAAGCCACACAUAUCUCUGGUGACAUAACAUACAUGUGUGAAUAGUGCUGGAUGUGAUUUCUUACUUGGAUGAUCCUUUUAAUGUGUUGUAGCAACCACUGUAGAUAUCCUGUUUUCAGUGGUGACUUUGUAUCGGCUUUUAUUCAUGAUCACACCUGAACAGAAGCCCAAAACUACUGUCCUCUGUCACUCAUUUGAAGUUUAGCCAGGUACCAAAGAGGACCAGGCACAAAAAUGUGUAGUUAAUGUGAAAGGACAGAGUAGUUUUUUGUCCCAUGUCAUGUUACUUUCUUCACACUAGUUGUUUCCAUGGAAUAAAGGUCUUGUGCUGGAGUGAUGGCUUCUAUUUGUUUUCCCCAACAUUUAGAAUUCACAAUUUUUGUCUAGCAUUAGAGAAGUAGUCUCAGGUAUAAGCACUAUUUUUACUUUGCAGAUCUAUAGAGCCUUCCAUCCAAACAUCUCAGAGAGCUUUAGCAGUGUCAGAAAUAAAGCUCAGAACACUUGUUUCCUGGUCUUGUACCUUCAGUGACAGGCCAUGCAUCCUUCCAUUUUGCUGCUCUGAAAAUAUAUUUCACCUUGCUCUCUUGAGGUUCAGUUGAACAAAGCCUAUCUCACACCUAAGUUGCGAACCAUAUCCACCUGCCCCAAAGAGCUUGCAGUCUAAAUAUAGCAAGACACAGCAAGCCGGAGGCAACUGGAAGAGAAAGAAGAGGGUAGACCAGGGGAACAGUGAUAAGAACAUGUGAAAACUUUUAUCAACUGUGCAACAACUAAAAAGUUUCAACUCAGCAUUCCUUUUUUAAAAUAAGUGAUCCGGAGAAUGUAACAAUACCAAUUAUCCCGCUCAUUUUUGUGAACUGGAACUAAUACCCUUCCUGCUACUAUAAUUUGACUUUGGGGGAGUGGCACUGAAGCUAUAAAAGAGAUUUUGUGCUUGGCUCUUAACUUUGCCUUUAUUUUGUACAAAGAGCUCUAGCUGCUCUCUAAGUAUACCACAGAGACGCACUGCCGAUAAGAAUGCUUGUUAACUCCUCUGUAGAUGCAUAAUAGAAAGAAAAUUUCUAAAGGAACCACUGUACUGUGAAAAUGAUAGUGCUGUGAAAUACAU